CUCAUACCGGAUAUGGCCGAGGCGUCUUCUCAACAAGACACAAAGUAUCUCUGCUGCGAGCUGUCAACGGGGACGCAAGUUACUCAGGGACGUGGUUCUUAAAAACAGACUUGUCGGAGCCAUUUAUCGACAGUAACACUACUCACUGUUCAAGGAAAAUGGAAGACGACACACUAACGACGCUGAAAAUACUGAUAAUAGGAGAAAGCGGUGUUGGAAAGUCCAGCCUCCUCUUGAGAUUCACAGAUGACACAUUUGACCCAGAGCAAGCAGCAACAAUAGGUGUCGACUUCAAAGUGAAGACCAUCACCGUGGACGGAAACAAGGCAAAGCUGGCAAUAUGGGACACUGCAGGACAGGAGCGCUUCCGAACCCUGACGCCUAGUUACUAUCGCGGUGCCCAGGGAGUCAUCUUGGUGUACGAUGUCACACGCCGGGAGACCUUUACCAAGCUUGACAACUGGCUCAAUGAGCUGGAGACGUACUGCACGCGGAACGACCUCGUCAAAAUGCUUGUGGGAAAUAAAAUUGAUAAGGAAAACCACGAGCUAGACAGGGCCGAAGGGCUGAAGUUUGCAAGAAAACAUUCCACGCUUUUUAUAGAGGCGAGCGCAAAGACCAGGGACGGUGUUCAGUGUGCGUUUGAGGAGCUGGUGGAGAAGAUCAUCCAGACUCCUGGCUUAUGGCAGAGCGAGACACACGGCCGAGGGAUCCAGCUCACCGACGAGGACGCGGGAAGCGGGAGCUGCGGUGGCUACUGCUCCCUGGUCUAGACAACACACACACACACACACACACACACACACACACACACGUUCAAAACAUACAUGUAUUCACAAACAGUGCCACACAAGCAUUACACACUCGAGAGAACAGCCCCUCCCUCUCCCACUGUGUGCUGUCCUUAACUGGGCUCCCUCCUCAGACAUGUAGGCAGUGGAGGGUUGACCGUCCACACACACACACACAGACAGACACAUGCACACUCACUCACACUACCUGUGUUCACACAGACAUUUUUUUUGCACACUUACAACAACGCUGCGCUUAAAUGCCAAUGCAGCUCCGCCUUCCUCUAAAUGGGAUUUGAGUGAGUUUUCCUCUGUUUUGAGUUCCAGUUUCAGGGCCCCCUUGGUCAAAAUGUUAAACGUUCUCAGGUCAUACAGAUAAAGGGAGUCCCAAAGUACAAACCAAAGCGUGUCGGGCACAUGGCUAAGUAUGAUACCGAGAAUGGGGGGAAAGCAGUUUUGACCAAGGGGUUCUCUCUCGUCUCCAGCAUGCUUAUUGUUCUCGGAGCACCUUGCCUUAGUCAGCACAUCUGUAUCGACGUAUGGCAGACUUUUCUCCGUCUUUCGACUUUCUUGUUGCCGCCCCCCCCCCCCCCAGACUCUAUGAACAUCAUGCUGCUUUUGGAGAAGCUUAUCAAGCCAAGCUGUCUUGUAUCAUGUGUCUCUGUUGUCCAUACAACUGCCUCAUUUCUUCAGAGUAUGAUAGAGUUACCAACUGUCUGGAAUGACGUUUCACUACUUUUAUUGACUUGGGCUUCAAACUUUUCUGUGUGUUAUUGAAGAGUGCAUAAAUCAGAGAGAUUGGCACUAGCAAGCUUUCCACUGGGUGCCGAAGAGGGAACCUCUUAAAAUUGCACGCCUUUUGUAGUAACGAGUCGCUUUAAUGGAGUGCGACCUACUGGCACUCCCUCACUCAGACAGAUAAUAUCAGUAAUAACACUCGCACUACUAUGGUUCUUCAUAAAGAUCCUUUUGACUGGACAGAGACAAAGGAAAAGUGUUCAAUAUUAGACAGUGCAGUGAGUCAUGAGGGUGUUUCCACUGAGUUUUGGAAAAUCAAAGCAAAAGCCGUGCGCUCCACACUGCUAAUGGAUUUCACAGUACUCCUAUCUCUGUAUUUCUAUCCGAGAAGCAGUUAUAUAUGUACUGUACCCCUGACCUCUGACCGUGUUUCUAGUAUUUGAGUGCUGGUGUGUGUUCUGGGAAAUGUAGUUCGGACAGCCUGCUCUCGUGACAGGGAUGCUGAAAACGACAUGGAUUCAAGCAUGUCUUAUUACACAUUUUAAUUUUUUAUUCUUUUUAAAUCUCUCUUUAAUUGCAUGGGAAACUCUGCGUGCCAUUUAUUUGUGUUUGUUUGUCCGGGAAUGGCCUUCAGAGGCAAUUCACUCUUAACACGUUAACUUAUACUUAAACUGAAAAUAAAACAUUGCGUACCGUUUGAAUUUAAUGGUAUAAUUAAACAAAAAGGAGGUAGCUUUCUUUCUUUUUUUUAAUCUUCAGAAAUAUGUAUAAACAUGUGUACCUUGUAAAUUGUGUGUAUUUUAGGGAUUUGGUGGGAGAAUUCCUGUAUGAAUUGUAAAGCUGAAUGUAAACAUAUUUCACUACAAACCGCCCUAUGUAUUAAACUAAAUAAAAUUCUUUUUUUAAGCAAA